CUUGCGUAAAACGACUCAACCCGGAAGCAGUUGGGCAGUUUGCGUGGAGUCUAGUGGAGAGCCGAGCAGUCUACGGUGGAGAGACUGGAGACCACCUCACACUCACAGUCGUUCAGCGGCAGCGGUCUCGGCUGUGACAUUAUCAGAGGACAAUAAUUGCAUAAGGCAAAAAUCAUAUGCAUUUAUCGGAUUACGACAAUUCGUUAUGCACCAAGGUUAACUGUUUAGCCAUAGGGUGGAUUCCAAGAAUGUUACACACCAUCGGUAAAGCUCGGCGCAGCUUUUGUACAAUUUUCUGAGAAGGACCCGUUUCGGUUCGUUAACGUUAGCAGGCUAGCGAGGUGUGAAAAUUGACUGUCAUGACUGGAGCUGAGGUUGAGGAUGAUAUCCCGUUAGGUGAAAGGAAGACGGUCACAGAUUUCUGCUAUCUUUUGGACAAGUCCAAACAGCUCUUCAAUGGACUUAGGGAUCUUCCGCAAUACGGCCACAAACAAUGGCAGUCCUACUUCGGACGAACCUUUGACGUGUAUACAAAGUUGUGGAAAUUUCAACAGCAACACAGGCAGGUCCUGGACAGUCGGUAUGGCUUGAAGAGAUGGCAGAUUGGGGAGGUGGCAUCCAAAAUCGGUCAGCUGUACUACCACUACUACCUUCGUACCUCAGAAACCAGUUACCUGAAUGAGGCGUUCUCCUUCUACUCCGCCAUCCGCCAGCGCUCCUAUUACUUUCAGGUCAACAAGGAAGACCGGUAAGUUCAACACGAUUUAUUUAUUUUAGCAAUUGAAACAUAUGCAUGAAUAAAAUGAAUUCCAAUAUGUAUGUUGUUAUUUCCACAUACCAACACUAUGAUGGCCCCGAGAGCUCAACACACUGCAACUUAUGAAUACACAUGCCAAUACACAAAACAUUAGCAAAUUAAGAAAGCAUCUUCUUCAAUUUGACCCCACACGCGCAGCAUUUAUUGGACUUACUGCAAAUUCACUGCAAC